UCUUCAGUGCACACUUUGUAGGGUGCGAUUCGUGCCGAAGACAAGGAAUACGCGAACUCUACGCUUGACGCGGGAAAGAGGUAAACAUUAGAGGGACACAUGGCGAACAAGCUCAUCAAUGAGAUGGGAUUGCCCAAAUGGAUCGCUAGUAUCUUUGCUGCUCGUAACAUCGUCACUGCCAAGGAUGCGUUAUCUCUCACUGAAUUAGAGUUGAUGGAAUUGCUGGACGUUGGGCUGGCUGAAGUAAUAUGUGCAGUAGCACACAUUAGUGAAGCUGUUUGUCCACCAUGUCACACUGCUUUGUAUCUGAUGGAGCAUCGAGUAGAACACGAAAAUUUGGCUGGUCAUCUUCCCACUCGUUUGAAAGGACUAGACGAGGCCUUGUGUGGCGGUAUACCAUUUGGUGCUUUGACAGAGUUGGUUGGUCCAGCUGGAAUUGGCAAAACGCAGUUUUGUUUGAAGCUCUCAUUGCUAGCCUCUUUGCCGCCAACAUGUGGAGGCUUAGAUGGUCGAGUAAUCUAUAUAGAUGCUGAGUCAAAAUUCAGUUCUAAAAGACUGAUAGAGAUUGGAAUUAAGAAUUUUCCUGAAAUAUUUCACAGGAAAGGAAUGGCACAGGAGAUGGCUGGCAGAAUCCUAAUUUUGCGCCCCACUUCACUUUCUGAAUUCACUGAGAGUCUGCAUCAGAUCAAGCUAUCACUCCUCCAGCAACAGGUGAAGUUGCUCAUCAUUGAUAGCAUGGCUGCUCUUGCUCUAGGAGAUGAGGGUGGAGCUUCUAGACAACAAAAACUGGGUUGGCAUGUUUCAUUUAUCAAGUCACUCGCUGAAUUUUCGCGAAUUCCAGUUGUUGUGACAAAUCAAGUAAGAUCUCAAAUUGGUGAUGAAGCUUGCCUCUAUCCCUUCCAAGUUGCAAAGAAUGAUGCUGGAAAGAAAGACAACUCUCCUAGAUAUGAUUCUCACCUUGUUGCUGCUCUGGGAAUUAGCUGGGCUCAUGCUGUGACCAUCCGCCUUGUACUUGAGGCUAAAUCAGGUGAAAGGUUUAUUAAGCUGGCAAAAUCUCCCAUAUCCCCCCCUCUGGCUUUCCGGUUUAACAUAACUUCAUCAGGGAUAGUCCUUCUGGACGAUAUUGGGAUGGAGCUGAAAGGGUCUGAUAUAAAUACAAUCCACUUCCAAGGCCAAAACACUUUCUUCAGAUUUGAAGGGGAAAAGUAGCUCUAAUUAGUUGAUUGUCUGCUUUUGUUGAAAGCAUGGGACGGCGCGGCAAUAUAAUACCAUAUUCGUAACUUGAAAAGAAAAGGCUGUCUACAGUUUAGCAAUCCAUUAUCUUUCAGAUGAUAUAAGGUUGUCUAAGUUAAUUUUUAGAUGCUUCUAUAUUGCUAGGGUUGUGUAGGCAUCUUGUAUUUUUUCAUUCUUGAGCUGGAGAUUUCCUAUAUAUUUUUUCCUUGCAUCGUAGUGUUUUUUUUUUUUUUUUAAUGGCAGAAUCUUGCAUUAUAUUAUGGUUUAUAAUAUUAAGCUACUUAUGCCAAUGCACUGAUACAUGGGACUUUCAAAAUAUCAUUUGAUCUUUAGAUGACGGAAGAUUUAUUGUGGGUAAUGGAUGAUUUAUCGUGGAUUCCUUUUUCAGUUCGAUUACUGUAAUAUUGCGGUUAAGUACGUGAAUUUUAAAUAUAAAUAUAAAUUCAUCAAUUCAAUUAUUUAAACGCCACGGUAAAAGAUGAUAAGUGGGUAUAUUCUUAUAUAUAACCAAGCGUCGUGGGACGCGUGGAUUAAUGUGAAGCAUGCGCGGCCUUGCAGGGAUGAGUAGGGUUUAACUGUAUUGAAGGGCGGGCCCAUGCCAACAACGAAUCUUUCUCUGCUGAAGAAUUAUGUUUUAAUAUUAUGGAUUAUUAUUCAUCGGGGCCAUAAACGCUGUCCAUUAUUUUUUUUAAUGGCCCAGCUUAAUCUCCUCAUCUUGUACUGUUUCUGUUUCACGUGUGUAUUCCUUGAUUGAUUAAUGCAUUCCUCCUUUCUACUCCAAAACAUAGAUGGGGCAGGCCUCUGCA